AUGGGGAACAUGUUAAAUGGCUUAAUAUUCAGGCCGCAUCGCCCAGGUUACUCUAAGAAUAGAAAGGAUUUACAUUUUAUUAAAACGAGGCAUGGGAGUACGAUAUGUGGAAUAUUCAUUAACAACAAUGCAGACACAACUAUUUUAUUUAGUCAUGGGAAUGCUGAAGAUUUAGGAGAUUUUAUUCCUCAUUUUGAAUAUAAAUUGAAACGUUUAGGGUUGAAUAUGUUUGCUUAUGAUUAUAGUGGUUAUGGUCAAAGUACAGGAUAUCCAACAGAAACACAUGUGUAUAAUGAUAUAGAAGCAGCAUAUAGUUAUUUAGUAAAUGAAUUACGUGUUCCAAAGAAUAGUAUAAUAGCAUACGGUAGAAGUUUAGGUUCAGCUGCAUCUGUGCAUAUAGGAACGAAGAAAGAUUUAUUAGGUUUAAUUUUACAUGCUCCAUUGGCAUCCAUUAAUCGAGUUAAAUUAAGACUAAAAUUUACAUUGCCAUAUGAUUUAUUUUGUAAUAUUGAUAAAAUACACCUAAUUAAAUGUCCAAUUCUUUUUAUUCACGGAACGAAAGAUAAGCUAUUGUCUUAUCACGGGACAGAAGAAAUGAUUCGGAAGACAAAUGUGAAUACAUAUUACAUGUUUAUAGAAGGUGGUGGUCAUAACAAUUUAGAUAGUUCCUAUGGUCACUUAGUAAAUUCAGCGAUAGUAACUUUUUUGUAUGUGUUAAAAUAUAAUAUACGAGAAAAUGUGAAUAGUGUGUAUGACAUAUCUAAUGUUAACACACAGAAAAUGAGAAAUAUGUUUAUUAUGAAUAAUGUUAAAUUGAUGAGAGAAAAACUAAGGGAGAGAAACAAAGCAGAGAAAGAAUCAGGGGUAGUGAAAGAAGCAGAAAAUAAAGAUGAAUACCUCGAUGAGAAACUUGGACAUAUGUCCAAAAAAGACAAGUUAAAUUUAUCUUCUAGUGAUUUGGAAAAACGACAUAAUGAUAAAAUUGUGGUUGGGGUUAAUACUAACAAGUCAGGUUAUGAUUCACCACUAAGUGUGAGUACUGUAUUUGGAUCUGUAGAAUCCAUUAUGAGAUACAUCCCAGAUAACACAUUUUACGAGAGUGAUGCGAGUGGCAGCUUGGAGGACUUGUGGAAGUAUACAUGCUCGAAAAAUAAUUACAGAAAAUUGUAUGACGGAAGAGGUGGUGGCUCCUCUGGUGUUGUGAUAACGGAAAUCACUGAUAAUGGAGAUAUUAAAAGUAGGAGCAGUGAACACUGUUCAAGCGAAGAAGGUAAGGAAAGGAAAGAAAUUAAAGAAGUGAAGGAAGUGAAGGAAGUGAAAGAAGUAAAUGAAAUGAAAGAAGUGAAGGAAAUUAAAGAAGUGAAAGCAUGUAGCAGCAAGACAAACAGAAAAAGCUGCUCCAGUUACGUAUACAUCUCAGUAAAGAGUGAAAACCAAGAUCUCGAUCAGAAAAUAAACUACAAGAAUAUUAACGUGCGUUAUGAAAAGGGUAUGAUGCAACUGCAGAAUGGAAAUAAUAUGGAAAGUACAUCACAAAAAGUAAACAUUAGAAUACAGCGAGAGAAGAGAAAUGUAUAUAAUGUGGAUAAAGUUCCAAGGGUUUCUCAAGACAUGAAAAAUAUACCUGUAGAUGAAAGGAUAAACAGUUGGUAUAGUAAGAUAUGCUAUGAGAGCAGUAAUGUAAACGGUGGUAAAGUUAAUAGUCAGCAGUUAAUUGUGGUUCAUAGAAAUGAAAAUAAUAUUUCGGAUAAGUCAAGUAAUACUUCCGUUGAAAUGGAUAAAAAUAACGUUAAUUCACUAACGUUUCAUGAUUCUGUUAGUAACUGUGUGAACAAUAAGGGUAACAACGCUAGCAGUGUGCGUGAAGUAGGAAGUGGGAUUACCUUAAAUUGUGAAAAUAGGGUAAAUAGUGAGAGUAGUGUGAAUAGUGUGAUUAGCGCAGACAGCAGGAUCAGUGCAAACAGCGGGAUCAGUGCAAACAGCGGGAUAAGUGCAAACAGCGGGAUAAGUGCAAACAGCAGGAUCAGUGGCAAAGGUGAGAGUAGAAUGGAAAAAAUUGUUAAGGCCAUAAGGGGGGGGAAUAAAGUAAAGAGUGAGAGUAAAACAUUGAAUGGGGGUAGAAUUCUCAGUGAAAGUAAGAUAAUGAACGGGAUUAGAGUGAACAGUGAAAGUAAGAUAAUGAACGGCAGUAGAGUGCUUAGUGGAAGUAAGAUAAUGAAUGGAGUUAGAGUAAACAGCGAGAGUAAUAUAAUGAAUGGAGUUAGAGUAAACAGCGAGAGUAAUAUAAUGAACGGAAGUAGAGUAAACAGUGGGAGUAAGAUAAUGAACGGGGUUAGAGUAAACAGCGAGAGUAAGAUAAUGAACGGCAGUAGAGUGCUUAGUGGAAGUAAGAUAAUGAACGGGGUUAGAGUGAACAGUGAAAGUAAGAUAAUGAACGGGGUUAGAGUAAACAGCGAGAGUAAGAUAAUGAACGGAAGUAGAGUAAACAGCGAGAGUAAGAUAAUGAACGGAAGUAGAGUAAACAGCGAGAGUAAGAUAAUGAACGGAAGUAGAGUAAACAGCGAGAGUAAGAUAAUGAACGGAAGUAGAGUAAACAGCGAGAGUAAGAUAAUGAACGGAAGUAGAGUGCUUAGUGGGAGUAAGAUAAUGAACGGGGUUAGAGUAAACAGCGAGAGUAAGAUAUUGAGUGGGGAUAAGUUGGUUAGUGGGAGUAGCGUUAUGAGUAGAAAUAAGAUGACCCAUGGGAAUAGAGUAAACAGUGAAAACAUUUUGUAUUGUGAGAGUAAAGGGAUCAACGGAUUCAAAACAAACAGCGAGUGUAUCUUAAGCUAUGGUGCUAAUAAGGUGGUCAAUGGGUGCAACGCGACCAAGCAGAUAUGCGCAAAGCCAUUUUUUAUAAAAAGAGGAAAUAAUAUACGCAAUGAAAUGAACAAAAAAAUGGUCAAUGCUAGUAAUACAAAUUUUAACUGUUACAACGAUUUUAUAUAUGGAAAUCAAGAUGCUAGAAUAGAUGAGCUGCCUAACAAUGUUGUGGAACCAUUAAAUACAGAAGAAUUUUCUUCACCAAGCAGUAGCACCUUAAAUAAUCUCAGUACGCUGUUUGCGUAUCAAUCCAUUUCGAAUGAAAAGUGUGCAUGA